AUGGAAAGAAGGCUUAUAAAGAAGGAAAUGAAAAAGCUCCUGGGAGAUUAUAUUGGCAUCAGACUUCGGGAAAAUGAAUUUGACCCAAAAGGAAGAAGGCAACUCACCUUUCUAGAUGAUAUGGCACACUAUGACUUGGCCAUCAGCGUUGCUUUGCAAUGGCUGGACCACUCAGAAGACUUAACUUGGCUGGAGUGGGAGGAAGUGAAAAUGCCUUUUUGUGGCAGACGCAUCUACCCAACCCGUAGAGAACGAGAAGCAAUGAUUUUAUCAUCUUAUGCCGGAAUCUUAAUGGACAGUAUCCCAAUUGAGGAAGUCUUUAAAAUUUAUGGGGCUGAUUCUUCCGCCAAUUCUGGUACUACCAAGGUUCACCGAGCUCCCUCUUUCCAUCUCUCCUUGCACCCCUUUGCCAUGUUAACAGCACCCAAAGCAGCAGAAUAUGCCCGCAAACACAGUGUCAAGUCAAGAAAGGGAGCAGCAACAAAUAAAAAGACCACCAGCAGCUCUACAAAGGAAGCAAAUGCCACAGAAUGGAAAUUAUCAAAAAGAUUUUCAGACACACAGCCGAAGAGCAAAGUAGGUCGAAAAUAUAAAUUGGACCUAACUGAUAGCAGAUGUUUUGGGAGUACUUUACUUAUUUUGUGGCUAAGUCUAGCCUUAGGAGUCAGAUGCUCUGGGUUUGAAUCUGAGGCCUACUACUACCAGCUGUGUGACUUCAGGUGA